GCCCGAUUUCUCUGCUCUCAGAAUGCAAGCACAGCGGCAACAACUAUGGAACCUCUAUGUUCAUGCCAGGGCCAAGGGCUUCCAUUUCAAACUGAAGGCAACAGAUAUCUUACCCGCUGGCAAGUUUUUUCAAUUCUCGAUCCUCCUUAAGCUUUGGCCAUUUCGCAUUGAAGUGAAACUUGAACCCACUAAACAAAAGUCCCUCGAAUCCAAAUUCCUCCAAUUUCUUAAGAAAUUUCGGGUUCGACGAGCCGACAACAAAGCCAUUGCCGCUAGGAAAACCUUGAAUAGCGGAAGAUCUAGUCGGUUUGCUUAUGUGGUGGGACAACGUUCGGUCUUUAUUGGAAACCUUGCUCUUUUGUGUCAAUCAAUCUCUGAGAAGGAUCAAAAAGGAAUUAUCCUACAUGGUUCAAUUGUAUUUUUGUGCUUUGCUUCUAUACUCGAGAACUUAUUCGGUAGAAAAACGUGUGUUUUUUUGGGGAUUUUAAGUUUUUCAAUGGUGGGUUACUCAAUGUGGUGCAGCAAAUGAAAAGUUAUCUUCUGAUUUAUGUAUAUGGUGAAGGCCAUGCCUCAGAAUAUGUUUGGAAAGCUAGG